AUGGCAGGAUUCCCACAUGGAUGGUUCUUCAUCACCAGUACUAAUGGUCAUGUUCUUACCAUUACACCUAUUUCCUUCCAAAGGCUUACAACGAAUAAGGUGUCGCAGGCAUCUCGGAUCGAACUGCGUCCAAAUGUAGAGGGAGAUCAUCAGCUGUGGAGUCACGACGAUGGGUAUCUGGUGAACAAGCUCUCCGGCUGUGUGUUGGCUAUCAAGAAUCAACCAAGCAAGGGACAAUGUCUUACGAGUGUGAUGAGAGAACCCCUUGAAAAUGCAGAGCACCAGCGAUGGGAAUUCAAUACAAACUGCCUGACAUUGAUAAGCAACCAUGAUUGGUCUCUUUCAGACCAACCAGUACCUCGAUGCGUAGCCUCAGAAGAUGGUGUAGACUGGGUGUGCUGUCCAAAGAGCUGUUCUGAUUAA